GAGAAACCUGCUCUGUCAAGAAUCGGAGACCUUACACAACUCACCGAGAAUCGAAUGAGGGGAUUUAAAUACUCUAUUCUGCCUCGAUCACGCCUUGAUCCUCGCUUAAUUACCAUCAGCAGACUACAACGAGUACGAACAACCCGACAGGCAUCAUCCUACACCACUCCCACAAUGACCACCGGAGUCUUCAGAUACAUUGACCCAGCGUCAAGUGUUGGUGCCGACGGAUCUCGCGUCAAGCCUUGGAGCAAGGUUGACGUCGACCAAACGUCUUUCAAGCGUACAGAAAAAAAGCGCUCCGUCAUCAACAUCCGCGAGGCCGCCCGCUCAACACCAUUUGGAGUUGACGUCUCUGGCUUCGACGUCUUCACCUCUCCCGCCAAGGAAACUGCAUUUACCGACGAUGAGGCGGUUCGUAAUGGAUACUAUGCCGAAGUCGAGGAGCUGCUGCGGAAGAAGAUCCCCGGGAUUAAGAAGGUUGUAAUUUUCGACCAUACCAUUCGGAAGCGAGAAAAGGACAGCGCGCGUCAGCCUGUGCAGCAACUGCAUGUCGACCAAACCCCUGGCGCAGCGGAGGCCCGAGUCAGACGUCAUAUUGAGGACCCUGCCGAGGCAGAGGAGCUGACCAAGGGCCGGUAUCAGAUCAUCAACGUCUGGAGGCCGAUUGGACAUGCUGCGACCGAUUUUCCCCUAGCUGUGGUUGAUUGGAGGACUACACAGCCCGAAGAUUUGAUCGGUGUUGAUCUGCUCUAUCCCCAACGCAAAGAUGGCGAUGAUGAGGAUGAUCGUGGAAAGGAGGUGCGCCCAGACGAGUCAACAUUCACCUCAACCGAAGGAUACGAAGUGCGAGGAGAGACCUACGCUGUCGCACCAAGCGACAAGCACAAGUUCUAUUACGCCAAGGACAUGACUCCUGAAGAGGUCAUGCUGAUCAAGUGCUUCGACUCGAGGAGUCAAGGAUUGCCUGGAGGCAAAGAGGGGUUGGCGGGGCUUACUCCUCACACUGCUUUUGUUGAUCCUGCUACGCCGGCUGAUGCGAAGGGUCGACAGAGCAUUGAGGUGCGCUGCUUGGUGUUCUACUAG